AUGAAUGCAGUUUUCAAUCCCAAGGCAAUCAGCGCUUAUCUUAACGUUAUCUUUGACAAAGAAGAAAACCAGAGCCAAGCAGCUUCAAGUUCUUCAGCACCCAAGUUGACUAGAAGGGUGAUCAAUCGAGGUCACCUUGGUGCUGCAAAACUUUUAUACGAUCAUUACUUUGCGCCUAACUGCACUUACCCACCAGACAUGUUUCGUAGAAGGUUUAGAAUUCAAAAGGAAAUGUUUAUCCGCAUAGCGCGAGAUAUACACUCCUUUAACAACGUUCAACCGCUACCGAAGCACUUUCAGUUUUUCCACAAAGGGGCGACGGAUGCUUCUGGUCGUCCCGGUUUUAACAUUUUCCAGAAACGCACUUUUGCAAUACGCCAGUUAGCGUAUAGCUAUAAGGCUGAUGCUUUGGACGAGUACUUGCAAAUGGCACAAGAUACGGGGUACCCGUGUUUAGACGCUUUCUACAAGUAUGUGAUACACCUGUAUCAACACGAGUACUUGAGAAGGCCAACAGAAACAGAUAUUGAGCGGUUAAGUACUAAACAUGAGCAGGUUCAUGGUUUUCCAGGUAUGCUUGGUAGCAUAGAUUGCAUGCAUUGUGGGUGGAGGAACUGUCUGGUGGCAUGGCAAGGGCAGUUACACGCGAGGCGACAGGAGGCACCCACAAUCAUGCUUGAAGCAGUUGCUUCAUAUGAUUUGUGGAUCUGGGAUCUUAAAGUAGAGUUUUCGGUGAAUGGACACCGGUUUGGAAAGGGAUAUUACCUAACAGAUGGUAUUUAUCCUGAAUGGGUCACUCUUGUGAAGUCUUUCAAGUGCCCAAAGGACCCAAAAACCACCAAGUUCAAGAGAUACCAAGAAGCUGCAAGGAAGGAUGUCGAGCGAGCAUUCGGGGUUCUUCAAGGUCAUUGGCAAAUUGUUGAGCAACAAGCCCGGGCCUACAGUGUGAACAAGAUAAAACGUAUCAUGUUAUGUUGUGUGAUUCUGCACAACAUGAUCGUUGAAGAUAACGGGCGCGCAUGCAAUCACAUCGUUUGA